AUUGGAGUCUUCAUAUACAUGUGCAUGUAAAAUAUAUUUCAUUUGGAAGACGAAGAUGAAAAUAAAAGAUGGUACCAUACUUCAUCGUUAUAAUUUUGUUAUUAAUAAGUCGUGUUUUGGAAUGCAGAACUAUAGGUAAUAUAGACAGCAGAGAGACCUGGGUAGAAGAGAAUGUUCUUGACAGUAUUUUAGAAGUCAACAAAGGUGUGUUAGGAUCGACGGAAGAUUUACUGGAAGGUGACAUAUUCUUCAAAGAUGACGACCCUCACAAAGAACUGCAUUAUACGCCUGGCAAGCAAAAACGAAAUGCACGACGGGAUCGAAAUUAUCUUUGGCAUAAUAAAAUUGUACCAUAUGAAAUUAUUCCUGAUUUAGAGUUCCAAAGAUCCCUGAUAGAAGAAGCUUUGAAAACAAUCUCAAACCAGAGUUGUAUUACGUUUAAAAAUCAUACAACAGAAAAAGAUUGGAUCAAGUUUGUAAAAAGGGACGGCUGUUGGUCAUCUGUUGGAAGAACAUAUUGGACAUCAGGGUCUCAGGAAGUUAGUCUCGCUGCCGGCUGUCACAAAAAAGGAAUUAUCGUGCACGAGGUGUUACAUGCUCUUGGUUUUUGGCACGAACAAUCGAGACCAGAUCGGAAUAAGUAUGUUGAAAUAUUUUGGGAAAAUAUCAUACCAGGCAACGAAAACAAUUUUGAAAGGCAUAGCCACAAAGUCAUCGACAUUCAACGAAUUAACUACGAUUAUAGUUCCAUCAUGCACUACGGUCGUCGUGCUUUCAGUAAAAAUGGCGAAAACACUAUAGUGCCAAUCAGAAGCAUCAACGCGACAAUAGGAAGGCGAGAUGCGUUGAGUCCAAAAGAUGUUAUUGAACUUAACUUAUUAUACGAUUGCGGAAGUAAUGUUCGCAAUUUUUGGAGUAUUUGGAGUGAGUUUGGUCCUUGUGAUGAGCACUGCAACAAGAUUAGGCAAAGAUUUUGCACGCAUCACGAUUCCAGCAAGUGUCCACAUGCCGACAGAUUUGGUGUUGAAGAGGAAAAAGUAAAAUGUCCUCAUGCAGAGUGCUAUGCACCCAUCGAUGGCCAUUGGGGUAGAUGGAGCAGUUGGACGAAAUGUUCAGCUACAUGUAAUUGGGGAACAAAGACACGUCACAGAGAAUGCACGAAUCCCAUGCCCAAACAUAGUGGAAAAAAUUGUUUCGGAGACAAAGUUUCAUCUAGCCCGUGUGAAGAAAAAUCGUGCUAUUUAGGUCCAAACGACUGCGAGUUCUCAUUUGAUUUUUGCGGCGUAUGGGUCGAUAAAUCUACUUCAACGUAUAAAUGGAUUCGACACAAAGGAAAAACACCUAGUUCGAGGACUGGACCUGAGGGUGAUCAUACAAACCAAAAAGGAUUUUACAUAUACGCUGAAGCUUCAUUUGUUCCAAAAAAAGCCACAGCGGUAUUGGAGACUGAGCACGAGUAUGACGUCACAAACGGACGAUGUUUAUCUUUUUGGUACCACAUGUACGGCACGGGAAUAGGAGAUUUAUUUGUUUAUCUGCAAGAACGCAACCAAUCAGGUUACGUACAGCGCACUUUAUCAUCACUACAGGGGGAGCAAGGAAUGAAAUGGAAGCAUAUGAAUGUCACGUACAAUAGUGCGUAUAAACAUAAAAUUGUCUUCGAAGCAAGAAUGGGCACCAGUUUCCUUGCCGAUAUAGCCUUAGAUGACGUUUACAUCAAAAAUGGCACAUGUGAUUCAAACAAACACACAACCGCUACACAAACCACAACACUGGCCACACAAACAACAACGCUAGCCACACCAAUCACAACACUGGCCACACAAACCACAACACUGGCCACACCAACCACAACAAUGGCCACGCAAACCACAACAAAGAAAAAAGUAAAUUUUCAACAAAUUGGAUGCUUUAACGACAACCACACCAGUCCACAUCCAUUUCCUCAUCAUGUUAACAUGCGACCAUUUAUCGAAUGGAAAAAUAUAUCAAAAAUUGUAGUGCGAUGUGCCAACCAUGUGCGUUCGUUAGGAUACACCUAUUUCGGUAUUCAAUUCUACGGCGAAUGCUGGUACGGCCCUACACAGCAAGUCAAAUAUGACAUGGAUGGUCAUUCUGAUAACUGCUGGAAGCAGAAGGUUGGACGCGAACAAUCACUGAUGGUGUAUAAAAUUAUUUAAAAAAAAUCAAAAGAAAUAUAUAUUCUAAUUGAAAUUUUCUUUGAGAAAGUCAUCCAAACG